AUGGAGCGCCUCGAGACAUCGCAGGAGCGAAAAAAAGAGAAGGAGCGGCUCAAGGAACAUGAGGUCAGCGUGUUUGGCUCGUCGUUAGGUCUGGGACAGGCUAUGCGUCGCCAAGCCCUUGACAUGACUCCACCAGCGAAUAAAUCACCAGCACCCUCACCGACCACGUACUUUGGUAUGAGGCAACCUAAUUACGUCAACGCUGCAGCAAAUGUCGAGAUGGCGCAGGCGCCACAGCAGACGCUGCCACAGAAUUGUAUCGACCAGUGCCACAGCAGCAGAUGCAUCCACCGGACCCACACCUGGCCCGAGUGCCGGACACACGCCAGCGAAAGCGUUUUGUGCGACAAAUACAUUUUGCUGAGAGGGCAAGCGGUUUCCGUGGACCAAGGACGUCAAAGUCGACAUUUUGGGCCAUCACCUGAGCGGUAUGGCAGAAAGGUACUACAAUCGGCAGGUGGAAGGUUGGUGGGAAGAGCAGCUGACUCUGGAGCACGCUAUUCAGCGGCUGCUGCACACGUCGCCACGAAGAUUACGCCGGACCAGAUCAUGACAAGGUUUACUGCUCUUAAGAGCUUGAAGAGAAGCUGGACGGACCUUUACCUGUACCUGGUGGCUGUGAGUGAGGCGUGCGGCGGUGCAGACAAUUUGUUCCAGGACAACAUAUCAACAGAAAUUGAAUUGCGAGGUAAACAAUUGGGUAAAGACGUUGUAAAUAACGUCGAGAACGUGGCUCGAGACACAAGUAAAAGUUUUAAAUGCGGAAAAGCUGGGUACCUGAAGGCAGCGUGCACCAGCAGCAAGAAGAAGUGGAAUGGGGACGCCGAUUUCGUGCUGACUAUUAAGGAGUCAGGCCUGGAUUAUGGUCUGUGUAUUUUGGACAGCGGCUCAAGCCGGCACUUGGUAAAUGAUGUGGGCCUGCUUGAAGACGCGAAGGAUUUCGCGAGCGAGUGUAUCGCUGCUGACGGAGGGUCUUUGAAGAUCAAGGCAAAAGGGCACGGGAUUGCGUACAGUGUUUGUCACCGUGUAGUUGCGGCUAUGGACGGUGAACCGGCGGUCUUCGACGUGAUGAAGUCGAAAAAUGUGUUAGCUGUGCGUGCGUGCGGACACAGCCACACGGGGAAAGCGGGUGACAUACUGAUUUCGGUUAGUCAAUACGAGCAGGAGGUUAAAGAAGACGUGCAAAGAGGAUCUCACAUGCAUUUUCACCGUAGGCUCGGGCAUUUGCAUUAUGACACGAUACUGCAGAUGGCAAAGAACCCAGCGUCCGGGAUCGCCCUCACGGACGAGGUGUGA